GCCUGUUCUGUCCGCUCUGCUGUUUUUGCCGUGGCUGCUCCAUCCAUCCUGCGAUUCACGUCUCAAGAAUUCGAUACACACCAUACGUUAUUUGUUUAUGUACAGUUUUACAUAGAAAAGGGCCCGUUGCACUUGAAAUCGGUGAUGCGCUCUGGCAGUUGGUGAAACCGAGUUGGCAAAAUGCAGGCAGCCCCGUCGCUGGAGAACGUCUACGGCGCCGUGUCCACACUUUUCGGCAACCAGGACACCUCGCAGAGAGAAAAGGCAUCGGCAUGGCUCGACGAACUACAGAAAUCGGUCUACGCGUGGAAAAUCGCGGACGCGAUGCUGCACGAGAAGAAGGACCUCGAGUCGUGCUACUUUGCGGCCCAAACCAUGCGAACCAAGGUGCAGCUGAACUUCAACGAGCUGCCCAAGGAGUCGCAUGAAUCCCUCAGAGACUCGCUGAUGGAGCACAUUGGCCAGGUCACGGACCAAACCAACGUCGUAAUAGUAACCCAAUUGUGUUUGGCCAUGGCUGACCUAGCCCUGCAGAUGAACUCUUGGCACAACCCGAUAGAGGACUUGAUCCACAAAUACAGUCAGACCAACGUUUGGCCCCUGCUUGAAAUUCUCACUGUCUUGCCGGAGGAGGUCAACUCGAGACUCCUCAGGCUCGGAGCCAAUCGGAGAAAUGAAGUUACCCAAGAACUCGCAAGUCAUUCCAAAAUCGUCUUAGAAUAUUUGAAAGCUUGCCUGGUGCAAGGUGCCAACAACCAGCAGCUGAGCAUUAAGAUUUUAAAGUGUUUUACGUCGUGGAUAUCCAUUCAAGCUAUUACGUUGGCAGACAUCCCUGACAAUCCAAUCGUCUCGCACGCCUUCACCAUUCUCCUCUCUCACGAAGCGCCCUUUGCUAUGCACGACUGUGCGACUGACUGCAUUUGUGCUCUGCUGCAACAUCUGGAGGACAACAACAACCAGCAAGAGUUGGAAGUGCAAAUUGUCGAUGCUGUUGUUAGACUAGAAAGUAGUUAUCACAUGACUGUGGCGGAGGAAUCGACAGAAAAAUCUUUAAAUUACUGCCGUAUAUUUACGGAAUUGUCGGAAGCCAUGUUAGACAAAAUCAUCAACGGAUCGUCCGCUGGCAAACCUCACUUUGCUGUUAACACUUUCGAUCUGGUCCUCACGUGUGUUGGCCACCAUGAUUACGAAGUAGCCGAAAUCACUUUCAACCUUUGGUACCGCCUUUCGGAGCUACUCUACGUUAAGAACCAGGAAGAUCUCUCAGCAAUUUUUGUUCCGCACGUAGAGCGACUGAUAGUAGCCCUUUGCAGACACUGCCAGAUUGAACCAGAUCAUGAGGGUUUGAUAGCGGCCGGUGAGGACUUUUCCAGUUUCAGGACUAAAGUGUCAGAGCUUAUCAAGGACAUGGUUUUCAUUAUCGGUUCGUCACACUGCUUUCGCCAAAUGUUCCUGCAACUGCAAUCUCCUGGGAUGACCUGGGAUGUGACCGAGGCUGCUCUCUUCAUUAUGCAAGCUGUUGCCAAAAAUAUUCUACCUGAGGAGGACAGUGUUGUGCCCAAGGUGAUGGAAGCAAUUCUCACCAUGCCUCCUGAUGCACACAUCAUGGUUAGACACACAGCCGUAGUGCUUUUAGGUGAACUGUGUGAGUGGAUAGAAAGGCACCAUGAAUCACUCGAGCCGGUCUUGAACUAUUUGCUUGUGUGCCUUCAACACCCACUCCUUGGAUCAGCGGCAGCAAAUGCUCUGCAGAAUAUUUGCAGUGCUUGCAGGGACCACAUGAGUGUCCACUUGCGAGGGCUUUUGGAAAUUGUCCGGUCGAUGAGCACCUUCAAAAUCUCAAACGAGGCUGCCAUAGGACUGCUGAAGGGAGUUUCAAUUAUUGUUGGUCGACUGCCAGGAGAACAAAUUGACGUAGCUUUGAGGGAAAUCUGCAACUGCCAACUAAUGCCUUUGUGCCUGCUGAUAGAGGGCGAUGUAAAAAUUGAAAAGGGCACACAGAGUGAUCCAGUUCUGUGGCUUGACCGGCUCAGCGCCAUUCUGAGACACACAAAUCCUCUGAUCGAAAAUCCUAAUGCGGUGCAUCCCUGUCUUGGUGUGGUUGCAGAAGUUUUUCCAGUGCUUUCUAAAGCCCUAGGAAAAUAUCAAGACAGUCUGAGAAUAAUGGAACGAUGCUGUAGAUGCAUUAGAUUUGGAAUCAGAUGUGUAGGCAAGCAAGCGGGCCAUCUUUUGGAGCCUCUUGUCAAACAAAUCGUGACGAUGUAUGCCCUCCACAAACAUAGUUGUUUUCUUUACUUGGGCAGUAUAUUGGUCGACGAAUUCGCAACAGAAGCAAACUGCGUCCAAGGCCUAUUAGGAAUGUUGCAAGCUUUUGUCGAGCCGGCAUUUGAGUUGAUGAGAUCUUCAGGUGGAUUGAAAAAUAAUCCAGACACAGUUGACGAUUUCUUCAGACUCUGCGUUAGGUUCCUGCAAAGGACGCCGGUCCCUUUGCUGCAAUCAAAUAUUUUGAAUGCAGUUAUGGACUGUGCUUUGAUGGCCAGCACUCUUGACCACAAAGACGCUAAUUCGUCAGUCAUGAACUUUUUCUUCAACUUGGUUCACUGUGGACGAAACGGAGAAGAUAAACCAGACUUCAAAUUGAGGCAACAAUUGGUCAAGCAUAUCAUGGAAAGUAGUGGGCAGGUCUUGGUGCUCAACCUGAUCAACUCGAGCAUUUUCUGCCUCCAUUCGAACAUGCUAGGCACAGUGGCCGAAGUGAUUUUUGAAAUGAUGCUUUUUAAUCGAGCAGAAAUGUGUGUCUGGUUGGAGCAUGCCCUGAAGUCUUUGCCCACAACAAAUGCCGGCGGCCACGUCAAUGCCACACAGAAGCAACUCGUCGACUUUCAUAAAUUGGUGACCAGGGCUGAACAUAAGAAAGAGGUGACCCAUGCAUUAAGAGACUUUGCUCAUCUGUUUCACUAACGACUGCUGGGGCAACAUAUUGCUGCCCUUAUCGAUUGGUAAGAUAUUUUUUUUUAAUUCUACAUUGGUUGACGACCUUCAAAUCUGUCAGAAGACGGAAAUUGUACCAGUAUCAUGUCUAAAUCUCAUUCAACUAAAAAUUUUCAUUUGUGGAAAAACUUUUGAUAAAAUUUAAAAUAUUUGAACAAACAAUGCUGUUAAAAUCCAAAAAAAUCUGAUAAAGUGAUUGUGUUGUAAUUUAAACGAUAUUAAAAUUUUUACAAAUAAAGGAAAA